UGCUAUAUAUAUAAACACACGUGUCUCAGUAAGUAAGAGAAAAAAGCUCACUUCAUGUCAUCGGACUUUUCCUAGAAAAGGAGUUGGAGUUGGAGACAUACAGGCUUGAAGUAUGAGCUCCACACUGCACCUGAACUGUUUGUCAAAUGCCUCUGAAGUCAAUGAAUCGAUUUGCGGAGAAACACGACAGCAAGGCGAACUCCCAGGACCCAUGUACGUGGUUCUUGCGGUCUACCUAUUCUUUCUGACCAUUUUCGGCAUUUUGGUGAACGGUGCAGUCAUAUACCUGUACUUUUCUCGAAGGGAAAUCGCCACGGUGAGUAACAUGUACAUAGUUGCGCUCUGCCUGUGCGGUUUUCUUAUCGCCACACUUGGUAUUCCAUUUGCUGCGGCGUCCAGCAUUAGACAUCACUGGUUAUUUGGAGAUGGAAUAUGUAAACUUCACGGAUUUCUCCUGACGGGUUUGGGUAUCGUCAUGAUUGCGCUGAUGACUGGCAUUGCUAUCGACAAGUAUAUCCAUAUCGUCUGGUACCAGGCCCACCGCAAGGUCACGAAGAGUUUUGCGCUGGGAAUCAUUACUCUAUGUUAUGUGUACGGAGUGAUUUGGGGGAUUUUGCCCUUGUUCGGUUGGAAUAAAUACGUUCUUGAACCUGCAAGGCUCACCUGUUCUGUUGAAUGGACUGGAGACUUUUCAAAUCACUCUUACGCUAUAACCAUAUUAUUUACAGGCCUUCUGAUUCCAGUGGGGGUCAUUGCAAGUUUGUACUCGUCGAUUCUAAAAAAGAUUCAUUUUCAACGAAAAUCUUCACAACAGCUGGUUUCUUUAGCAAGAAAACAAAAAAUGAUCAAACGAGAAAAGAAAGUGGCCAUAACAUUGUUUCUGAUGGUUGGAUCAUUUAUUGUGGCUUGGCUUCCCUACUCUAUCUACGGUUUUAUAUGUAUACUUGGCUACAGUAAGGACAUUCCUCUCAUAUGGCAUACUAUACCCUCAGUGUUCGCCAAAGCUUCGAUUCUAUGGAAUCCAUUGAUAUAUGCGUCCCGCAGUAAAGUCAUGAAAAAGGCCUUAGCGGAAACGUUUCCAUUCUUAAGGUGGCUGAUACGAAAUCCGGAUAAGGUGCAGACAAACGAACAGAAAAAUCAAACAAGUCUUACUCUUUUGAGGUCUCGUACGUUAAAUUCAUCCGAUGUCGUCGUGCAGUCGUCAUCUGAAAACCCUGCAAUUUCUGCCUCAGUCUAAUUGUAGAUGGUAUUUGCUUGAUUUCAUAUCAACGCAUUUCUUUUGUCUUGCUCCAUCAUGAUGUGAUUUGAGAAAAUCUAUAUUACUAUUAUGUACAUUUACUGUUACAAUUAUUUUUUUGUUUGAAGUUGAUACAAUUAUUUGGCUUUCGAGAAGAAAAUACUGUUACAAUAUUUUCAGCGAGUCCGACUACGUACCUUUGUAUGGCUCCAAAAAAAAAAUUUAUAUGAUUCAGUGAUCUGCCAUGUACCAUACUAUAAACAUGUUUUACACAAAAAUUGUGAAACAUAACAGGAUUGUUUAUGACCAGUUAACUGUCAACUGGUUUAGAAUUUCAGCGAUGUUUGUUAAUGGAUGUCAAACACUUUAUGAAAGAAAUUGUAAUUGACGUACAUCGAAUAUUCUUGUUUUUACAUUAUGUUUAAAUGUUUUCAUGUUUUCAUAGAUUUUGAUGUUUGCUUUAUAUUUUUAUUUUUUGUUAAUAUGUUUAAAUGAAUAAUAAUGAAAAACUUUUACAUAUACAUGGAGUUGAUUUAAAAUGUUUAUUUCUGUAUCGCUAAGGUAAUGAUAUAACUGUUUGAUAUCAAUUUAAUUUAUGAAUAAUGUUACGUGAAGAAAAAAGUUUUGUUUUAAAGUACAUUAAACACAAAUCAAAAUCAAAUCGCUUUUGCAUUUUUAUAUUUAUAAAGUUGUUACAUGUCUAGAGUAUAUAUUCAAGUCACUUUGUCGUAGUAAGUCAUGUGUCAAUAUGUAUUCUGAACAAAACUCUCUUUGUUUUAAUGUUGUUAUGGCAAAUAAAAACCAAAA